UUUGGGAGGGGCAGAUGGGAGGUUUUUUGCAUCCUUUCGUUGGCUUUGUUCAUGUUGCUUUGAGAAGAACGGAAAGACUUCGCUGAGAAAAUGUAUCAAAUUUACACUGGAUUUUAUGUGAUUUUAGCCAUAACACAAUGUCUGGGGGGAUCAACACUCACCCCCAAAGAAGGAGAACAGGUUACAGUCAAUUGUGUCCCCAGCACCUCCGGCACUUUGGUCUUCUGGUUUCGGAUAAAAGGGGAUGGCCCUGAGUAUUUAUUUUCUAGUAAAAACGCAGACACAAAAGAUAAUGUUGAUGCUCAAAAAUAUUUAGUGGUGCCAUCAGGUGAUAGAGUGCGUUUGGCCAUACAGUCGUUCAAUAAAAAGACAGACAGUGGUGUGUACGCCUGUGCAGCGAUGAACAACUACAAGCUUAUUUUUGGCAAACACACUAUUGUUAAUGGUGAACCUGAUCCAACACCACCUCCAUCUCCAAAAAUUACUCCUGCACCGACUAAGUCAAAACCUGCCGUUGCUACGACACCGUGUGCAUGCAAAAAAACAGAAUCAAAGAAUGUCCUGAACUGUGAGAUGUGGAUUUUAUUUUCCUUGUCGGGUGGCUGUGGUCUUCUGCUCAUUUUGCUGGUCAUCACAAUUUUGUACUGCAACCGUUUAAGAACAAGACGAUGUCCCCACCAUUACAAACGACAACCUCAGAACAGACCUGCAGGACAUACUAAACUGCCCAACAGCAACUUCUAGUUGUGGUCAAGCAAGCCAAAUUGAGGUUCAAGAUCUCAUUUUUAAUUGUGUAUCUAGUGGACAUGUAAGGUUAAACAGUUUCCUCUUUUAUGACUACUAUACGAUUUAUUAUAAACUUCUCUUUCAUUGCAUUUUCUUUGUAUUUGUAAUUUUGAUAAGAUAUUAAGAACGGAUACUUUUUCCAUAUUUUUGAUAAUCCUCAUGUGUUACUGGCGAAAUGUUUUAUGCUUGUUUUUGGUUCAUAUACAUGCACAUUUAUAAUGUAUUUUAAAUCACAAAACAUUUUGAGGUGUGGCUGGGUAAAACGUAAUUGUAUUGUUGUAAUAGCUUUUAAAGAGUUAUUCUGCCAUCUGCUGGCCAUAAACAGAUUAGACGAUAAUUGAUGUCAGUAGGCUAUGUAUUUGAUUUUAAACACAGAGAAAAAGCAUCACAAAUAAAACAACAUUAUAGUGCUGUGUUAAGUGAUUUUCUCCUUUUUCCAUUUCAGCUUCACUUAAAAAAACAUUCGUGUUGAUGUAUUGCUACUGGUGUUGUAAAUAACAUUUAAAAAGCAAAUAAAAACGUGAGGCAACUGUCAUGUAUGAAUAAAUAACA